CUCUCUCUCUCUCUGUUCGCGCUUUAAGCUAGAAACAAGUGAAAGAACACAAACCCAGUUCUGAUUCAGCUCUCAAUCUGCAUUUGGGUGUCUUUGAUUGUAUGAGUGAGAGCUGAGUCAGAGAAAAAGAUGAAGCUUUUCUGGGUUUUAGGGGGGUUUAUGGGGUUGAUGUUCUGGAGACAAGCAAAUGGUUUAGCAGAUUGGAAUGUGGCUCAAGAUGAGGAUUUGCAUUAUAGUGAGAUUAAUGUGUUUGGUUAUGCCAAUGGGUUUUCCACCACACCCUUGAUGGUGGGUCUAACUCUCAUUGGUGGAGCUGCUGCUAAAGGAGCAGUCUGCCUGGAUGGAACAUCACCUGCUUACCAUAUCCACCGGGGAUAUGGAUCAGGAGCAAACAGUUGGCUCAUUGACUUGGACGGAGGCGGGUGGUGUGAUACAAUCAAAAACUGUGUCUAUCGCAAGAAAACUCGCCGUGGUUCAUCAGCUUAUAUGGAGAAGAAGAUACCAUUCACAGGGAUAUUGAGCAACAAAGCUAGUGAAAACCCUGACCUUUUCAACUGGAACAGAGUCAAGGUUCGAUAUUGUGAUGGUGCAUCUUUUGCUGGAGACAGUGAAGAUAAGGCGGCCCAAUUGCACUUUAGAGGUCAACGUAUAUGGAAAGCUGCUAUGGAAGAUCUGAUGUCCAAGGGAAUGCGCUAUGCUAACCAGGCUCUUCUUACUGGAUGUUCUGCUGGUGCUGUUGCAACUGUCCUCCACUGUGAUGAAUUCCGUGAAAUGUUUCCUGGAUCUACUAGAGUCAAGUGCCUCAGUGAUGCGGGAUUAUUUCUUGAUGCAUUUGAUGUAUCUGGUAGCCGCACUUUGAGAAAUAUGUUUAGAAGAGUAGUUAACCUACAGGGAGCAAAGAAGAACCUUCCAGGGAGUUGUACUAAUCGCCUCAACCCGAAUUUGUGCUUUUUCCCUCAGCACAUAAUUGCCAGUGUUGAGACCCCCCUCUUUCUAGUCAAUGCAGCUUAUGAUACAUGGCAGAUCCAGGCAAGUUUAGCUCCAUCAACAGCAGAUCCUAAGGGCAAUUGGAAUCAAUGCAAAAAAAAUCACGCACAAUGCACUCCUCAGCAGAUUCGCUUUUUCCAAAGCUUCCGGAAUCAAAUGCUUAAAGCCGUUAGUGGCUUCUCAAGGGCUGGUAAAAAUGGUUUGUUCAUAAACUCAUGUUUUGCUCAUUGCCAAACUGAGAGACAGGACACAUGGUUUGCUCAAGACUCUCCUCAUAUCGGGAAAAAGGGGAUAGCAAAAUCCGUGGGGAACUGGUAUUUUGAUAGAGUUAAUAUCAAGGCUAUAGAUUGUCCUUACCCAUGUGACCACAGCUGCCAUAAUCUGGUGUUCAAGUGAUCAUAAAUGCUGCAUCAUCGAUUCAUAUCUUCAGUUCGUCAGUUAUAUUGCCAAUUGAGAGCUCGUGUGUAUUCUUUACUACAAGUCAUUAUUGCUGUGAAGCUCAAAGAGUGAUCAGCAAGACUAAGCUCAUGUGCUCUGAUCUUGGGUGUCAACUUAUUGAUUGAUUAGCAAAGAAAAUGGCUUCUGCUGUUUCACUGUAUUUUUCUUUUAAUAGGGAAUAGGGUGGCAUUUAUCCAUUAA